AGAAACGGCAAAUGGAAAAUACGCCCAGAACUUGUUUAACGACCUCUUUGAGGAUUAUUCCAAUGCUCUUCGUCCAGUGGAAGACACGGAUAAAGUCCUAAAUGUCACACUGCAGAUCACACUGUCUCAGAUUAAGGAUAUGGAUGAAAGGAACCAGAUUCUGACCGCCUACCUGUGGAUCCGCCAGAUCUGGCAUGAUGCCUACCUCACUUGGGAUCGAGAACAGUAUGACGGGCUGGACUCCAUCAGGAUUCCCAGCGACCUGGUGUGGAGGCCGGACAUUGUCCUGUACAACAAGGCUGAUGAUGAGUCUUCAGAGCCUGUGAACACCAACGUGGUCUUGCGCUAUGAUGGGCUCAUCACGUGGGAUGCACCAGCCAUCACUAAAAGUUCCUGUGUGGUGGAUGUCACGUACUUUCCCUUUGAUAACCAGCAGUGCAACCUGACCUUUGGUUCCUGGACCUACAAUGGCAAUCAGGUGGACAUAUUCAAUGCCCUGGACAGUGGCGAUCUCUCCGACUUCAUUGAGGAUGUGGAAUGGGAGGUCCAUGGCAUGCCUGCAGUGAAGAACGUGAUCUCCUAUGGCUGUUGCUCCGAGCCUUACCCGGAUGUCACCUUUACUCUCCUUCUAAAGCGGAGGUCUUCAUUCUACAUCGUCAACCUCCUCAUCCCUUGUGUCCUCAUAUCUUUCCUAGCUCCCUUAAGUUUUUAUCUCCCAGCAGCCUCUGGGGAGAAGGUCUCCCUGGGAGUGACCAUCCUGUUGGCCAUGACCGUUUUUCAGCUAAUGGUAGCAGAGAUUAUGCCAGCCUCUGAAAAUGUCCCUCUAAUAGGCAAAUACUACAUAGCCACGAUGGCCUUGAUCACGGCCUCCACCGCCCUGACCAUCAUGGUGAUGAAUAUCCACUUCUGCGGGGCCGAGGCGCGGCCAGUGCCACACUGGGCCCGAGUGGUCAUCCUGAAAUACAUGGCUAGGAUCUUGUUUGUCUAUGACGUGGGCGAGAACUGCCUCAGCCCACGCCAUGGAAGGGAGCGGGGCCACCUUACCAAGGUUUAUGGCAAACUUCCAGAGUCCAACCUGAAGACAGCUAGAAGCAAAGACCUUUCCCGGAAGAAGGACAUGAACAAACUCCUAAAGAAUGACCUGCGGUGCCAGGAAGAGGUGCUGCAUAACGCCGAGAGUCACUGUGCGCGGUAUGAGACAUUGACAAGGAAUAUCGAGUACAUUGCCAAGUGCCUCAAGGACCACAGGGCCACCAACUCCAAGGGCAGCGAGUGGAAGAAGGUUGCGAAAGUCAUAGACCGGUUCUUCAUGUGGGUUUUCUUCAUCAUGGUGUUUGUGAUGACUAUUUUGAUCAUUGCCAGAGCAGAUUAGGAGGCAUUUGAUACGGGGGAGAAGUCAAUAAAGUUCCCUGUGAUCUACUGUGAUGUGUUCUUCUAAACCAGAUUGUUGUUUACACAUCAGUUAGGGAUUAUGUUGUCUGU